UUACUUCUGUGAAGGGUGUAUUGUCACAAACUGUCAAUAUCUUAUUCUUAAAUUACAAUAAAUAUUAAUUUAUUUACAACAUUUGAAAUUCUAAUAAUAAUAGAGUAAAUUAAAUAAAAUGGUUGUGUUCGGUCCAGACGAAGUAGGCUUGGUGGAUACGUCACCGUGUGCCGGUAUUCGGGCGGAUCUUAAGUUAUGUUUACUAAAUAGUGAUUGCUGUAAAGAGCAUAAGAAAACUCCCAGGGAAUGUUUAAAAGAUGGUUUGGUACCGAAUGAAUGUUUACAAUUAAGGCAAAGUUUCUUUGAAUGUAAGAGAUCUUUGCUUGAUAACAGACGAAGGUUCAGAGGACAUAAAGGAUAUUGAUAUUAAGUUUUUAAUUUAGUUAGAUUGUUUUUGUUGUAUGAGAAAUAAAGUUUUUGUAUAUAAACCAA